CCGGUUCUUGCUUGAACCAUGACAAAACAGACGAAGACAAUACACAGUAACGAAAGAAAAAUCUCAGCUGCUCUUCAAAUUUAUGGCUUCUUCAUCUUCCUUAAUUCAGGGAUGCUCACUUCCUUCAAUCUCUGCUCUUCGCCCACGGCUUUCUCCUUCGCUUUGUUCCUUUCAAUCUUUGACCAAGUUACCAGAGAAUUGCCGGAGGAGCUCCGACUACCGGGGAAUCCGCCGGAGAAUGGCCUGCACCGCUAUGGUACAGCAGGCUGUACAAGGAGGAUCUCCAGCAACCUAUGCUAAGGAAAUGGAGAGGCUCGCUGCUAAGGAAUCUCUGCUUCUCGCUUUCAAAGAUUCUGGGGGAUUUGAAGCUCUGGUCACUGGAAAGACAACAGAUAUGCAGCGGAUUGAUGUGAAUGAGAGAAUAACUGGUCUUGAGCGGCUUAAUCCAACACCUAGACCAACUACGUCACCAUUUUUGGAAGGUCGAUGGAAUUUUGAGUGGUUUGGAGCCAGAAGCCCUGGAUUAUCUGCUGCCAGCUUUAUAUUUGAGAGAUUUCCUUCAAAUUUGGCUAAUUUGUCCAAAAUGGACGUGGUGAUUAAGGAAGGAAAUGCAAAGGUUACUGCACAUAUGAAACUAUUAUACUCGAUAGAAAGCAAAUUCAUUCUGUCCUCCAAGUUAACAGUGGAGGGACCUCUCAGAAUGAAAGAGGAAUAUGUUGAAGGGAUCCUUGAGACACCAACAGUCAUUGAAGAAACAGUACCUGAACAGCUAAAAGGUGCAUUUGGUCAGGCUCUUAGCACAGUCCAACAGAUUCCUGUUUCUAUUAGGGAUGCCUUUUCUAGCGGGCUGAAAAUUCCUCUAUCUAGUACUUUCCAGAGACUCUUCAUGAUUUCUUAUCUUGAUGAUGAGAUACUUAUUCUAAGGGAUUCUACUGGAGUACCCGAAGUUGUUACAAGGUUGGAGGCACCAGCCUCUCUAAUGGCAGAACCCAUUGCAGAGUAUGAGAGCUAGAGUUUGAAAACAGACUGUUUAUUAUUUUUUCUCCACCUUCUAAUACAAUGUAGAGUCAACAAUCUCUCUCUCUCUCAAUCACUCUCAAUAAGAUGGGGGAUUCAUUCCCUUCUAUGCUUAUUUGCUCAUUUGAUUUUGUUCAUUAAAUGCUUGCUGAUUGGAAAUAUAACGCUUCACUGACAAAGCUUAAUGAAGCUUUCCUCU